UCCGUUCGGGUAAACUACACAUAAACAUUGAAAAAAAUCCCCGCGAUGAUAAAUAAUAACAUGAACUAAAUUUUAACCUUUAGUUAUCUUUUAUUAAGCAAAUGAAUUGCGGCUAGUGAUUAUAAAACAAAAAAUAAAUAAAUUUUUAUUGAAAAUAUAUUGUGAUUUAAAAAUUUUCAAUGGCUAGCAGUGAAAUAUUACCAGCAUGUGAAGCAUUGGACGAUGCUGAGUCACUGGCAUCUUCUAUUGUAGAAUCUAGUAUAGUGGAUUCAGCAUCAGAAGCGGAUUCAGCAUCACAAGACGAUAAUGACUCACACAGUUAUACAAACAUCUCUGAACUGCCUAUUUAUAAUCAAUUAUUAAAUACGAAUUCUUUAAGAAAACAAUUGGAACAAAUCACACCUUUAGCCACCUACAAUAAUGUUAGUGUUUCAAAUUCAACAAAUGUGGUUUUUGGAAAUGUUAUUAAAGUUAAGGGAGUAUUAAAUAUAAAUGUUUAUAAUAAAGAUAAAAAUAACAAAAAUCAUAAUGAAAAACAAGAAGAAAACAUUGAUCCGUCACAUAAAUGCAGGGAAUCACCUCGAGCCAAUAAGGAAUCCUUAAAUGAUAAUAGUUCCUUGUGCCGCAUAAUACCUCGCAAUUAUUGGUCUACUUUGGAGCCAUCAGAAGAAUUUGAAUAUAUUGACGGACCCGUAGAUAUAGUUAUCAUUUCUCAUACUGCCACUGAUAGUUCUUUGAGUUCUCAGGAAAACACACAAUUAAUACGAAAUAUCCAGACUUUCCAUGUCGAUGCACAAGGUUGGGAUGAUAUUGGCUAUAAUUUCCUAAUUGGUUGUGAUGGCAAUGUUUACGAAGGACGCGGCUGGAAUGUUGUUGGUGUUCACACAUACGGUUAUAAUAGAAGAUCACUGGGCAUUGGUUUUAUAGGUUCCUUCUCGCGUUCCUUGCCUUCGCAAAAAGCUUUAGAAGCAUGCAAAAAUUUACUUAAAAGAGGCGUCGAGGAAGGUCAUUUAAAAAAUAAUUACAAAUUAUUGGGUCACCGUCAAUGCAUAGCAACUGUUAGUCCCGGAAGAUUGUUAUAUGAAGAAAUAACUAAAUGGGAUAAUUUUUACCCAAAAGAUAUACAUGAUGAUUUAAAAAGUUAAUAUAAUUGAAGGGACUUUCUUGCAGUAACUUUAUAAGACACAUGAUUUCGAAAAUUACCAUCAUUAACUUUAUAGAUUUCUUAUAUUAUAUUUUAACAAAUUUAAAAAAAAAACUUAUAAUUUUUUUAGAAUAUUGUUUGCUACUUAUCAAGUACCCGCAAAACUACCCUUCAAUUAUGCGUUGUUCAAAAAAUAAACCCAUUAGUAUUGAUGAUUUUACAUUUUAGUCUUAAGUUUUUAUUUUUAUUAUUGUUAUCUACAAAUUUAAGGUAAACUUUUUAAAAUAAUAAAAAUGUAAAUAUU